UUGCUUUUCGGCAAUGUGUGUACGGUUAGCUGUCUGGCGGGACUAUUCGAAACAAACUAAACCCGAAUUUUAGAUGCCUGUGAAUUUCCACUUCAGUGUAUUCUUAGAGUCUGGUCGGGCGACUUGUGUCUUCUGUCAGGCCAGUUUACAUGUAGCUGUGACAAACAAUUGGAGACAGCAUUGAAAUCUCUGUAUUAUGCACUUACGGGUCUUCAAUUCAAACUCGGGCAAUAAGGCACCAUGGUGAACGGCUUGUUAGACUGCCUUAAAGAGGCUAAUCUUGCUCAGUACACAAAGAACUUUCUGCAACAGGGUGUAACUAGUCUGGACGUCCUCAGCAGCUUGACAAUUCAGGAGUAUUCGCAGUUCGGGAUCACGGACCUCGCUGACAAGAAGCGUCUCUUCCGCUUGAUCCACAUCGUUAAGAGUGUACAAUCUCACAAAGGUAAAAAUGACGAGCCUGAAGGACAAGGGGGAAGGGUUAGCCGUAGAAAAGGAAAUCGAUCUCUGGAGGAUUUUUCUGUCAAAGGCAAUCAGGGAACUUCAUCCUCAAGCCAGCGAAACACACAACCAUCUUCGCUGAACAAUUCAUGGAAUAUUUCAGAGAGAUCUCCGACGACUAACAUGAACAAGUCCCAGCCAGAGGGCCUAAGCUCCCAGAAAAAUAGCUCCAACAAAAAAAGAAGUGAGGACAGUCUUCUUUCCGUAGCCAGGAAAGAGCUGAAGAAAGGCACCUUGUCGCCAGGUACUCUACGCAAGCUGGAAACCCAAGGGGGAAUUCUCUUUGUGAAAUCCACUACCUCUACCUCACCAAAGCUCAGCCGACGGAAGCCCAGCACCAAGAAGAAAUCACCACUGCGAGAAUCCCUUUCCGAUUCAGAAGUUGUCGACUCGGAUUUUACAGACGCCAGUAGUAUGCCGAUCAACUCAACGAACUUUGGAGCACCGCAAAUCCUGAAGAGAAGUUUCAUUGAGGUGAUCGACCACUUAGAUGGCUCGGUCUACAACUACGGCAUCCCUGACCAAGAUCAGAUAUCCAGCACACGGCAUCAGGAUUACCAGGGAAUACAGGGUACCAGCAGUGAUGCUGGGGAAAGAAUCAAGGUGUGCGUCAGAAAGAGACCUUUAAACAAGAAGGAAGAACGAGAGAACGAGGUGGAUGUUGUUCAGACGGAAGGACGAAGGACGGUUGUCAUGAACGAAGCGAAAGUGGCGGUAGACCUCACCAAAUUUAUGCAAGUGCACAAGUAUCACUUUGAUGAAGUGUUCAGUGAGUCCUGCAAGAACGAGGAGGUGUAUGCUAGGACUGCGAAGCCACUCAUUUCAACCAUGUUCAACCGAGGAAAAGCCACCUGUUUUGCGUACGGACAAACGGGCGCCGGGAAAACGUACACGAUGCUUGGCAACAGUGUCGUCAAAGGACUGUACCUCCUAGCUGCAGAGGACAUCUUUGCAACGUUGAACGCAUCCAGGAAGUCUGGAAAUGAGCUGGCAGUGUGGGCAAGCUACUUUGAGAUUUACUGUGGACAGCUUUUUGAUCUGUUGAACGAUCGACAGAGGGUGCACGCCAGAGAGGAUUCUCAACAUAGAGUUUGUAUUGCAGGCAUCAGGGAAGUGCAAGUCAGUGGGACUCAGUCUCUAAUGCAGGUUGUAGAACAGGGUAACAAACUAAGAAGCAAAGGUGUAUCAGGAGUCAAUGCAGACUCUUCAAGGUCACAUGCCAUAUUACAACUCCAGCUUCAGGAUGGAGGAAGGCGCAAAUUAGGAAGGUUCUCCUUCAUUGACCUCGCCGGUAGUGAGAGGGCUUGCGACACUGUCGACCCAGACAAGGUGACAAGAUACGAGGGUGCUGAAAUCAACACGAGCCUGCUUGCGCUCAAAGAGUGCAUCAGGGCUUUGGAUCAGGAGCAACGUCACACACCCUUCCGUCAGAGUAAGCUCACCCAAGUACUGAGAGAUUCCUUUCUGGGACAUUCACGGACUUGUAUGAUUGCUAAUAUUGCCCCACACGGCAGCGCCGUGGACCACACACUCAACACACUCAGAUAUGCAGACAGAGUAAAAGAGCUGAAAAAAGAGACCUCAUCUCACAAACCAGUGUCGCCUUAUCCCUCAACCCCAAACACCUUUAGUCCUGGAACCACUUCAACACCUUUGAAGAACCCAAACUCAAAACAAAUGCAGCCCUCACUAAAGACCCAGGUAACAACACCUGCUCCUCGACCUACCAAAAGAGCUAGCACUCCAACUAGUGCAUCCUCACAGACACCUGGAAAUAGUACUGCCAAGAAGGCCAUUCUGGUGAGGAAGGUCAGCACAGAGAAGGCAUUCAGUAAAUCUCUGAACCAGUCAAGCUCCUCAAGACCUUCAAGAAGGCCUGAUGAAAACAAGCAGUCAAAUAUUAGUACCGAGAAUUACCAAAACAAGAGGAAUAGAGAGAAUUCAACAGGUAGACCGAAAACGGAGUUAAGUGAUACAAAGGUGCAUCAGGAAUCCACUCGGAGACCCCUUUCAAACGUGAAAAAGAAUCUCAAUGUCACCUUCGACAGAAGUGUGACGAGUAGCGAGACACCGUCUAAGAGAGACGAGGAGGUUAAAGCUCAAACUAAAGAGGCCUUUCUCCAGGGUAAUCCUCUGCCGGUGUGGUAUCCCCCUGAGGAAGUUGAUCAACCACCUAAAGUGCCUUCCAAAAAUCCAGGCGAUACUUGGGACAUUGAGAAUCCACGUUAUAUCUACAGCCCCAAGGUGCAGAGAGCUACUCCAAGUGCUCGCUCUCCACCUCCUAGAGAUGCCAAGGAGAAAAAACUUAAUACACCUGAGCUGCCAUCAAGAAACAAGACUCCAAACUUGAGUAUGAAAGGUGAGAAAGAGGAGCCGAUGAGUGACGGUCAGCAAGUUGAGCAAUCCUUGCCAGAUCAAGAGUCCGGAUUCCUCGCUGAUGAUGAGCUGACAGACAACUGGGCUAAGAGGAACAGUUCAAGCGCUAUGAAGCAUGGUAUGCGGACUCAGUACAGCGACACCAGUUGCAGCACAGACACCGAGAGUACUAUUGAACUACUGGCAGAGAUUGACUACGCCCUCAGGAAUUCCCUUGUCUCACCCAUAUCAGAUAAUGGUAUCAGUGAUAACCAGCCUGUUAAAAAGGAUUACCCAACAUUCAGGACAUCACAAGUUGGUGUUGAUGAGACACCAAAGCGCUCCCCGAGGAACAGGACCAAGUCUGCUCCUCAGCCCAAACUAUUUCCAGAAUGCCAGCAUGUGACUUCUGAAUUAACUUCUCCCCCGCGUAGCUCAGUCUUGGUCCACAGCCAGUAUGUCAUGUCACUUCAUCCUGAAAUCCGUAUAAAUGACAGCCCAGACUCAAUGAGCACUGACUCACUGCAAGAGCUGGAAGCUGAAAGACAUUUGAGGAGGAACCGUCAAAUACCAGAUACAAGACUUGGUAACACUUCCUCUAAAAGUGACCAGAUAAGAAGUCCUUUGUACAGAUCAGCACCUUUACAAAGUCAAGGUAGUGGCAGUGCAUUGAAAAGUAGUAAAAUGGCUGUGAAAGGCAAAGAGAGCCACCCCUCGACAAGAGGUGUCUCUGUUUCUUCCGGAGGGCAGAAUAAAACCCAAAGUCCAAAUAAUCUUUCUAAGAGUAAAGAACCUCCUGAAAACCCAAGCGGUGUCAUCGUGUCGACUAGUUUUCACGAUUUUUUAGCGUCAGCAAAACCUCAUGAGAGCAUCCAAUCCGGGCAGCCGAUGGUACAGUUGUCGAAAUCUGAUCACAUAAGGCCUUCUCCAAUUGGACAGACUCACAACAGUGCAGCCAUAAACCCGGCGGCUAAGAAUAGCAAAGGAUCAACCCAGAAGGGUUCUACUGGACUGCAGUCUCCCAUUACUGUGGAGAUUCUACGAGGUGAGAACAGAUCCUCCGCGUUUUCCCCUAUUUCUGGCAUUCCAAGAUACAGCUUGCCAUCGCCUGCCAGUGAUCUUGCCUCCACACCAAACAAGGCCUUCAUGAAAGAAUCGCUCGUUGCUUCGCAGCAGUCGCCAAUUUCCAAAGAGAUUGUAUAUCAGCAGCCUGAGGAAGGCUCUCUUAACGGCCAACAUAACCAGUGCAAUGAAGGAGACGGCGAGGGUCCUAGGAAAGUGAGCUCUUCUCCUGAGGACCUCGUACCCAGAUUACAACUUGCUGGUGUGACAAGCAAAAAUGGUUCUUUGCUAUCACCGCGUCAUGUACGGCAGAACUCGGCAAUAGAACGAGCAAAGGAGCUGCUGGUGUCGGCCCAUGCUGAGCAGAUUGGAGAGUUAGAGAGACUGUGUGAGCGGGAAUGGAGACUGAUCAAGCAGCUUCACAGCGGAGAAAAGGGUUUAUCUGAAUAUCUCCAGUACGCCAAAGAUUUGAUGAACAGUAAGCUACGCUGUAUAGACACUUUUAACGAUCAGCUUAGUAGUUUCAACAGGUGCUCCACCCCUGAGAUGUCGCCAAGAUCUCGGUCGCCCAUGGAGGCUUGUUAGAGACUUGAAAGACUAUCAGGGCCCAACUUUGUAGAGCUGCUAAGCACAAAAGUUUGCUUAGCAUGAACUUUCUUCCUUGGUGAAAACAGGAUUACUAACCAAUAAUUUCCAUUUGUUGCAUAUUGCAUGAGACUGGUAUUCAGCUCUUGUUUACUUAACCUGAAAAUCACGUGGACAUUUGGUUGGUAAUCCUGUUUUUAUGAAGGAAGAAAUUUCAUGCUGAAAGGCAUGUGAGACUUCCUCUUUUCAGCUGAUUUCCUCUUUUGGGGUUUUGACUCAUCUUUUUUCCUUCACUUUCUGUGUACAAAAGUAUAGGAAUAUUUCCUUUGCCUCUUUUUUUUUUGCUCGGUUUUCUCUUUUCCUCUUUUUUCAUGGAGAUUUACUCACAUGCUGGUGCUAAGCAAAAGUUUUUGCUUAGCAGCUCUAAGAAAAGUGGACCCUGGUUUCACCCCUGAUUUCUUGCCACGACCGGCGUUUUAUACAGAAAGAGUAGCAGCUCAACCUUAUCUCCUUCGAAUCUGUCUCACAGAAUUUUCUCUGUGAGAAACCAUGCCAUAGACUUAAGACUUUAUGACCUUAAAGACACUGGACACUAUUGGUAAUUGUCAAAGACCUGUCUUCUCACUUGGUAUAUCGCAACAUAUGCCCAA